ACCUAAUAUUCGGUGUCCAAUUUUCCCGAAGAUAAUCUUCAACAUAGUCGAAUGAGGUCGAAGGAGGUCUUCUACAUAGUCGAAGGAGGUCUUCAACAUGUCAUUUUUUCAAACUCUUCUAAACUCGCCAAUUAGAUUGCCAAGUGAUAGAUUUCAACAUAGGUUUCAACAUAGUCGAAGGGAGGUCGAAGGUGGUCGUCUUCACUCUCCACUAUUCGGUGUCCAAUUUUCCCGAAGCUAGUCUUCAACAUAGUCGAAGGAGGUAGUAGGAGACCUUAGUCCUCAUAGUCGAAGGAGGUCUUCAACAUGAAAUUUUUUCAAACUCUUCUAAACUUGCCACUUAGGUCGCCGCAGUGGGACAACCCCUUUACCUUGCUGGAGAUGCGAUUGUUUUCCAAAUCGUAUCUCCGGUCACUCAGCGUUCUAACAUCAUGGAGCUGGAUGCCUUGCUCAGACUGACUUUGAGCCCCACCGCGGGGACGUGAACUUACCAUCGGUGCCGAUCCUUUGCCUAGGAUCGACGCUCCAACGGAUUUCACCAUCAGUAGCUCGCAGUGUCAGGUAGAGCGAUGUCGGUAGCUCCAAGCAACGCAGAAGAUUUCGACUAGCCCCAACUCGGGGUCUGAUCGCCUGACGCGGGGGAGCUGAGAAUCUUCCCGAAUGCAGGCGCCUGAUCUCCCUGAUGUGGAGGGCCCGACCGCCGGCUACAGGAGCCAAGACCGUCCCAUCAAUGGAAGGUUUGAGGCCCUCGACCGCGGGAGAACAAAGAAAGGAAAAGAUUUAACCUUUUUUUGCCUUCCAUCACAGUGAGGAAUAUGGAGGUCACUGUGGUGGAUGUUUAUGUUAAAAAGUAUUUUGUGUGUUCUGUUGCAUUUUAUUGGUAUUCAUGUAUGGCAAAUCAAAUUCCUCGUAUGUUGCAAAACUUACUUGGCUUAUAAAGUGUGCUACAUUUUCUAAAUCUUCCAAAGAAGUAGAGGCGAUGAUGGAUUUUCUAUAUGAUUGCAUCAAUGGUUUAGUUUAGUUUAUUAUCACAUGUAACAAGGUACAGUGAAAGGCUUUUUUUGCUGUGUGCAGACAAAUAGUCUUUCCCAAUUAGCGGAAAGACCAUUAAUGAUUACAAUCAAGCGGUCCACAGUUCACAAAUACAUAAUAAACAAAAUAACAUGUCGUGCAAGAUAAAGUCCAAUAAAGUCUGAUUAAGCAUAGUUCUAGGAUCUCCAAUGAGGUAGAUGGGAAGUCAGAACUGCUCUCCAACUGGUGAGAGGACGGUUCAGUUGACUGAUAACAGCUGGAAAGAAACUAUCCCGAAAUCUGGAGGCCUCCAUCGGAAUGGCUGGACUAUGGAGACGCCGAACAUUGUGAUGGGGAAGGAAGGGAAGCCUGUGGUUCUCUUCUGCAAGUUCACUCACCUUCACGGUGGAUACGGGGGGAACAUCACUGUCAGCUGGAGGGAAGAUCAGACAGGCAAGUGGAUCCUCAAUUACACCAACUUUCCAUCGGACAAUGGGUUUGCGAAUGAGAUUCGUGAGAAUGAAGGGGAGCGUUACCAACCGAUGGGCAAUCCCCGGCAGAACGAUGCUUCCAUUAUCAUCAAAAGGCUGCGUCCACAAGAUCACCACAUGCGGUAUGUUUGUCUUGUGGAUCUGCAGGAAGAUGGGAACCCAACCUCCCAAAGCUUCUCUCAAACCCUCCUUGUGGUGACAGGUGAUGACGUCUCUGUAUCCAUUGUGAUUGGGAAGAAGGGCAGUUCAGCCACACUGCCCUGCUCCUUCAGCCCCUCGAACAGGAAGCCCAGCUCCAUCACUAUCCGCUGGAUGAAGGGGAAUCCACGGGAAGAGUCCACUGUCUUUAUUCACACCCAUCCCCACACCGAGGGCCCUCCCUACUUGGUCACUGAAAAUGGAGGAGGUCGAUAUGAGCUGGUGGGAAAACUAGACCAGGGAGACGCCUCUAUUAGAAUGAAGGGACUCAGAAUGGACGACGGCAGUGACUAUUUCUGUCAUGUUUGGAUCAUGAAUUCCACACAGGAGACCGUGACUCAGGAUGGGAUGAAACUGGAGGUUGUGGUCCCUGCCACCAUCCUGGAGCUGUAUGUUGCAAGUGACAAUGUAACUGGAGAAGACACUCUCGUGUGCAGGGCUGAAGGAACACCCCCUGCAAAGAUCACAUGGAUCGGCCCUGGGAACAGCGCACUGCCUGUGAACAACAGUGAGAUGAGAGUCACGCAUGAUCCAGAGAAGCUACAGACUGUGGGCGAGCUGCUUCAUCUCGGGCUGAGAAAGUGCUACAUGUGUGUGGCUGUGAAUGAACACGGGAGAGACACCAGUGAGGUCAACCUAUCCACCAAGGAUAACAGUCGGGCAAAUUUCAUCAUUGGAAUGCUGUGCCUGCUCCCCCUGAUUAAGUUCCUCCUCCUCCUGAUAACAGGGAUCAUUCUCUUCAUUAAGAUAAAAGAUAGCUGAAAAAUUCAUCCAGUGCCACUAAGCCCGAUUUGCUGUGCGUCUGAGGACCCAGACAGCUUGCAUCUGAUCUUGCUUCUGGACAUUAAUUUCUUAUACGUUGAAGGAAUGUCCCUGCUUGUUGCCAAGUCUGUAUUUAGGCUGCUUUAAUGGGCAUGCAUGGCAGUUCUGGACUAUGGAAAACACAGUGUGCACUGGAACUCAAGCUAUUCCAUGGCAACACUGCCAUUUUCACCAAUUUUAUUUAUGGUGUUAAUAAAUUUGAUUCUUCCAGAGUAUAUUGUGGAGAGUGUAAUGUUUUCUAAAUUAUGUUUUGAUUGAGCAGAGG